AUGCAGCAGUUCUACAACACGCAUGGGAUCACAUAUGAGGGGAACCCAGACUUCCCCGAUGACGACGACGCCGGCAGCGCAGGCGUGGAGAAGGCCCAGGCUGCCCAGGCAGCGCCGUCCAGCAAGGGCACCUCGGCAGAGGGGGGCGGAGCAGGAUCCGGCCCGAGCCAGAAGAACAGCGGGGCCCGCGAGCCCGACCACAACGCCACGGCCGCCUUCGGCCUGUUCGGCCCCAUCGCAGCUAUCCAGGUCUGCGCUGGCCACACGAUGGUUUGCUUCGCGACCGUGGGGGCGUCUCAAACGGCCGCCGACCACGUGGACGGUGAGCAUCUUCGGAGCAGGGCACACCAGGUCACCAUCGUCGAGAUCGAGGAGGCCGCGAACGACGCGGCUGAGACGGCCGGCGCUGGAGCGCAGUCGGAGGCAGCAGGGGCCAGGCAGGACAGACACGCCCGCCGGCGCGCCCACCUGCGCCCCGCUGCUGCGUUUGACCCUACGUUCGAUGACCUGGAAGAGAUAUCCCUGGAGGUCUACGGCGCUUCACUGGAUGACCUGCAAGAAUCCCUGCGCCAUGGCGUGGGCAGAGAUGGCAACCACUGGGGGCGGUGCAGCCACAGGGGACGCCCGCUCUGGUACACUCAUGUUGGUGACGGAGGCACAUGCGACACCUGCCAGUGCCGCAUAGCUCAGGGCGUCGCCAUCUCUGAUUGCCCGUGCAACAGAUGGGUCCGCGCAAGCUGCGCCGUCGGCCAGCGCGUCUCCUGCGCCGCGCUCGACCUCCUUAUGACCCAUUGGCAAGGCUCCCCGCUGCCCAGCCUGCAGCCCAGCGGCGAGGGCGGCGGGGGCCGCCCCAGGAGCAUGCUCUACGAGGUCAGCAGCGGGCUGGUCGCCCUGAAGGAGAAGCCCAACGCCAGGAGCAAGGGCCUCGGCGUGCUCCGGGGCGGCAGCCGCUUCUUCGGGGUUGCCCACACGAUCGAGGACCAGGAGUGGCUGCAGGUGCAAAUGGACGGCGUGCCCACGCCGCUGUUCAGCCCGGCGCAGUCCAG